UGAAACAUGUUUACAGCGCAAUUUCUGCACCUUUAUCAACUUGUGAUAAAAAAGCAAUCAUUUUAUAUAAAUGUCUGCACACAUUUCUAGGAAAAUUCAGUUAUUGCUCAAAUUUAGUUUGUGUGAAAAGGUAAUGAAAUACAUCAUUCUCGUCACUGCCCUUUUUGGGAUUUACACUAACGCACAAGCACCGUGCAAUGGAGGCUGUUUGUCCAACUGUCCGGAAGACAACCGGUGUCCAGCCACAAAUCUUCUAGAAGCUACGCUCUUACCUCACUUGUUUGACUGUUCAAAGUUUAUCAAGUGCGAGAAUGGACACGGCUGUGAACAAGACUGCCCGCCGGGACUACACUUCAACGAACGGGAGAAAGCCUGCGAUUGGCCUGGUAAUUCUUGCUGCGAUCCGUCCGUUCCGUGUGGUCCUCCUGCUACGGCCGAUCCUCCCACAACAACCUGCGAAGCCAAUCCCAACUGUCCAGCGGUGAACCCUUUGCAACCGGUUCUGCUGCCCCAUGUUCAGUGCUCCAAGUUCUUCAAGUGUCACAAUGGAAACGCUUGCGAGUACGAUUGUCCCUCUGGGCUGCACUUCAACGCUAGGGAAUUGACGUGUGAUUGGCCAUGGCGAGCGUGCUGCGAUCCAGCGGUUCCCUGUGAUCCGUGCCCAACCUGCCCACCACCACAGGAUACUACCACAACGACAACCCCAAUGCCGACCACCCCUACCCCAACAACCCCAAAACCAACCACGCCAGAGCCUACGACAACAACUCCAUUGCCAACCACUACAGCCGUACCAACCCCCGAUCCCACGCCAGGAGACUGUCCGGUUUGCCAGAUGAACUGUGAACUAGACACGCGCUGCCCGGCCACGAACAUUGCAAAACCACUCCUGCUUCCGAAUCCGGCCAAAUGUUCCGAGUUCUUCAAGUGUGAAACUGGCCGUGCCUGCCGCAUGAUUUGCCCCGGUGGGCUGCACUUCAACCAGAAGACCGAAGUCUGCGAUUGGCCGUGGAAUGCGUGCUGUGAUCCGGCGGUAACGUGCGUCAAGUCGUGCAUACCGGGGGUGACCUGUCCGCCGAGGGUUGGUUAGGUUAUCAGCAUGCAUGAUUGUAACCAUAUAGGUUAUUGAUAUUUUUUUUAAUAAAAACGA